GCUCCAGAAAUGGUGGUGGUGGCGGCGGCGGAUACUCGAAUGGCGGCGGCUACUCCAACUCCAACUCCAACGGUUACUCUGGUGGUGGUGGUAGUGGUGGCUAUGGAGGUGGUUACGGUGGCGGUAGCUACGGCGGUGGCUAUGGCGGAAGAGGUGGUGGCGGCGGUGGUGGUGACCGGAUGUCCAACCUCGGCGCUGGCUUGAAGAAGCAAGAAUGGGGUAUGUGUGAUUCCUAUGCAACGCGCUAUCGUCAGAAUUAUGAUGCUAAUUUUUAUUCUAGACUUGGAUUCUUUACCCAAGUUUGAGAAAUCUUUCUACAAGGAGCACCCCGAUGUCGCCAGCCGGUCUCAGCGCGAUGUCGACGAUUUCCGUAAGAAGUUUGAGAUGUCUGUGCAAGGAAAAAACAUUCCUCGUCCUGUCGAGACCUUCGACGAGGCUGGUUUCCCCCAAUACGUGUUAAGCGAAGUUAAGGCUCAGGGUUUCGAACGCCCUACCGCAAUUCAGUCUCAGGGAUGGCCCAUGGCUCUCUCUGGUCGUGAUGUUGUUGGUAUCGCCGAGACCGGUUCCGGAAAGACUCUGUCCUACUGUCUUCCUGCUAUUGUCCACAUCAACGCUCAGCCCCUUCUUGCUCCUGGUGACGGCCCUAUUGUUCUCGUCCUCGCCCCUACCCGUGAAUUGGCAGUCCAGAUCCAGACCGAAAUCACCAAGUUCGGAAAGUCCUCUCGCAUUCGCAACACCUGUGUUUAUGGUGGUGUCCCCAAGGGCCCCCAGAUCCGUGACUUGAGCCGUGGUGUCGAAGUCUGCAUUGCUACUCCUGGUCGUCUCAUUGACAUGCUCGAGGCCGGCCGCACCAACCUCCGCCGUGUCACUUAUCUUGUUCUUGACGAGGCCGACCGCAUGCUGGACAUGGGUUUCGAGCCCCAGAUCCGCAAGAUCAUCUCUCAGAUUCGCCCUGACCGUCAGACUUGCAUGUGGUCCGCCACAUGGCCCAAGGAAGUUCGUCAGCUUGCUUCGGAUUUCCUCAAUGAUUACAUCCAAGUCAACAUCGGUUCCAUGGACUUGUCCGCUAACCACCGUAUCACGCAAAUCGUCGAGGUCGUGUCAGACUUUGAGAAGCGCGAUAAGAUGAUCAAGCACCUUGAGAAGAUUAUGGAGAACCGCGGCAACAAGUGCCUCAUUUUCACUGGAACUAAGCGUAUCGCCGACGAAAUCACUCGCUUCCUUCGUCAGGACGGAUGGCCAGCCCUCUCUAUUCACGGUGACAAGCAACAACAAGAAAGAGAUUGGGUCUUGAACGAGUUCAAGACGGGCAAGAGCCCAAUCAUGGUGGCUACUGAUGUGGCUUCCCGUGGUAUCGAUGUUCGCGACAUUACUCAUGUGCUGAACUAUGACUACCCCAACAACUCGGAAGACUAUGUUCACCGUAUUGGUCGAACUGGUCGUGCCGGUGCCAAGGGUACCGCCAUCACUUUCUUCACCACUGACAACUCUAAGCAGGCUCGUGACUUGGUCACUAUCCUUACUGAGGCUAAGCAGCAGAUUGACCCCCGUCUCGCCGAGAUGGUUCGCUACAGCGGUGGCGGUGGCGGCGGCCGUGGCGGCUAUGGCCGCUGGGGUGGCCGUGGUGGUGGUCGUGGCCGUGGCGGCAACUACACUGCUUCCAAUGCCGCUCCCCUUGGAGGCAACCGCCGUUGGUAAACUGCUCGUAAUGCCCAGUUCAGUCAUUGAGCUUGUAUUCCCAUGUCGCAUCGGUAGAUCUUGCUUUCCCUCGCAUUCGGUAUCCAUUGUAACUCUUUACGGGCGGCGUUCGUCGAAGUCACGAUAGACUAUUAUGCGGUUUUUGUUUUCUUUCGCUUCUCCGUUUACAGGUUCUUUCGAACUCAUGCGGAUACGGGUUAAUUCUGGUUUCGUUGCCCUUUACGUAUCUUAAAAAAGUUGUGUAUCUCCUAGCGCAUAUUGAGAAGAGCUGAGGUUAGAUAGUCUAGUCUCAUGCAAUGUAUUUAUCUGCUUAUGACUCGUCAAAUAUACGCUUGACUUGCGUUAUCAU